CGCACAGCCCAGCGUUAUUCGCAAUCCAGCAGUUGUCGCGAUCGGAAGCAAAUCGGAAAAUCUCCCUUGGAUUCCUAGAACACGCAGCCGAAAAAUUUGCUGGUUGUGUUGCCGCGACGUCGACGCAUUUCAAUUGGAUUCAGGGUUUAAUUUAUUGAAAUGUUGCCCUUUCGCUUGGGCCUGCUACUUGGCGCCGUGCUUUACGUGGCAUGCGUAAAUGGAGCUGUCAUCGAAAAUGAGGUUUCUAGUCUGAGCGACUUGCAGCGGGAGAAGAGAGCCGGCAGAGGCUAUUCAAGGGGACAAACCCAGUCUCAGUACUUAAAUUUCGGUAAGCCGGAGGAGGAUGGAAAGGCCGAGGCAGAGGCCACGGAAAAUGGAUCUCGCUCAACUGUCUCUGGCACCCAUGGAAUGGGUCAGGCUCAGAGCCAGUUUUCAUCAGGGGACUGCAAUGGAUGUUCUGGCUACCAAACGGAUUACCCUUCUGCAGGCAGAAUUCUGGAUGCCAGCGGAUCCGGAGUGGUCGGUAGACCCGAUGCUAUAAUAAGCUUACCCGGGGGAGGUGUGCAAGGAGGUCUUGGUGGUCAGCAAGGAUUCGGAGGUCAGCCAGGAAUCGGAGGUCUUCCGGGUGGGCAAACACGACCUGGAGAGAGCCAGAUAAACCAACCUAGUAGUGGCGGACAGACUGGAGCCGGACUACCCGGAUAUGGAAGCCAGCCUGGUAUUGGUGGACAGACUGGAGCCGGACAACCCGGAUAUGGAAGCCAGCCAGGAGUUGCCGGACAGACUGGAGCCGGACAACCCGGAUAUGGAAGCCAACCAGGAGUUGCCGGACAGAAUGGAGCCGGACAACCCGGAUAUGGAAGCCAACCAGGAGUUGCCGGACAGAAUGUAGCCGGACAACCCGGAUACGGAACCCAACCUGGUAUUGGCGGACAGACUGGAGCCGGACAACCCGGAUACGGAAGCCAACCUGGCAUUGGCGGACAGACUGGAGGCGGACAACCCGGAUAUGGAAGCCAACCUGGUAUUGGCGGACAGACUGGAGCCGGACAACCCGGAUAUGGAAGCCAACCAGGAGUUGGUGGACAGACUGGAGCCGGACAACCCGAAGUUGGCGGACAGACUGGAGCCGGACAACCCGGAUUCGGAGCGCAACCUGGUAUUGGCGGACAGACUGGAGCCGGACAACCCGGAUACGGAACCCAACCUGGUAUUGGCGGACAGACUGGAGCCGGACAACCCGGAUACGGAAGCCAACCUGGCAUUGGCGGACAGACUGGAGGCGGACAACCCGGAUAUGGAAGCCAACCUGGUAUUGGCGGACAGACUGGAGCCGGGCAACCCGGAUAUGGAAGCCAACCAGGAGUUGGCGGACAGACUGGAGCCGGACAACCCGGAUAUGGAAGCCAACCAGGAGUUGGCGGACAGACUGGAGCGGGACAACCCGGAUAUGGAAGCCAACCAGGAGUUGGCGGACAGACUGGAGCCGGACAACCCGGAGUUGGCGGACAGACUGGAGCCGGACAACCCGGAUACGGAACCCAACCUGGCAUUGGCGGACAGCCUGGAGCCCAACAGCCCGGAUAUGGAAGCCAACCUGGUAUUGGCGGACAGACUGGAGCCGGACAACCCGGAUAUGGAAGCCAACCUGGUAUUGCCGGACAGACUGGAGCCGGGCAACCCGGAUAUGGAAGCCAACCAGGAGUUGGCGGACAGACUGGAGCCGGACAACCUGGAUAUGGAAGCCAACCAGGAGUUGCCGGACAGAAUGUAGCCGGACAACCCGGAUACGGAACCCAAACUGGUAUUGGCGGACAGACUGGAGCCGGACAACCCGGAUAUGGAAGCCAACCAGGAGUUGGCGGACAGACUGGAGCCGGACAACCCGGAUUCGGAGCGCAACCUGGUAUUGGCGGACAGACUGGAGCCGGACAACCCGGAUACGGAACCCAACCUGGUAUUGGCGGACAGACUGGAGCCGGACAACCCGGAUAUGGAAGCCAACCAGGAGUUGGCGGACAGACUGGAGCCGGACAACCCGGAGUUGGCGGACAGACUGGAGCCGGACAACCCGGAUUCGGAGCGCAACCUGGUAUUGGCGGACAGACUGGAGCCGGACAACCCGGAUACGGAACCCAACCUGGUAUUGGCGGACAGACUGGAGCCGGACAACCCGGAUACGGAACCCAGCCUGGUAUUGGCGGACAGACUGGAUCCGGACAACCUGGAUAUGGAAGCCAACCUGGUAUUGGUGGGCAGACUGGAGCCGGACUACCCGGAUACGGAACCCAACCUGGUAUUGGCGGACAGACUGGAGCCGGACAACCGGGAUAUGGAAGCCAACCAGGAGUUGCCGGACAGACUGGAGCCGGACAACCCGGAUAUGGAACCCAACCAGUAUCCGGCGGUCAAUCCGUCAUUGGAGGGCAACCCGGAUAUGGAGGUUAUCCUGGAGUUGGCGGACAAAUAGGUCAGCCUGGGUACGUGCGCCAGCCACAAGUUGGAGGAUCACCCGGAUACGGAACUCAGCCAGGAACUGGGGGUCAAAGCGGUUACAGUGGAGGGAUACCCGUCUACGGCGGUCAACAUGGAGUUGGCGGAGCUGUGCAACCCGGAUACAUUACCCAACCUGGAUUUGGCGGACAGACCGGUCAACCCGGAUAUGGAAGCCAGCCAGGUGUCAGUACUCAGACCGGAGCGGGACAAACAGGAUAUGGAAGCCAACCUGGAAUUGGGGCUCAGACCGGAGCCGGGCAACCCGCAUACGGAACCCAACCUGGAAUUGGUGGACAAACCGGAGCCGGACAACUUGGGUAUGGAGUCCAACCUGGAGUCGGUGGAUCGCCUGGAUUUUUAACCCAGCCAGGUUUUGGAGGUAUAACCGAGCCCAUUACUGGGAAACCCGGAUACGGUAGCCAACCCAGCACUGGCGGACAAACCGGACAAGGAUAUGGAGGUCAGCCUGGAAUUAGUGGAGUCCCUGGGUAUGGGGCUCAGCCAGGAAUUGUAGGACAAGUAGGAGCCGGCGGAAGGCAGCCCGGAUACGGAACCCAACCUGGUAUUGAUGGACAGACUGGAGCCGGAGGCCUGCCUAGUAUUGUUGGACAGACUGGAACCGGACAGCCCGGAUAUGGAAGCCAACCCGGAGCUGGCGCUCAAACCGGAGCGGGACUACCAGGAUACGGAACUCAACCUGGUAUUGGAGGACAGGCCGGAGCCGGACAACCAGGAUACGGAGUCCAGCCAGGAUUUGGAGGACAACCCGGAGCCGUACAACCCGGGUACGGACGCCAACAGACCGCAGCUGGACAACCCGGAUACGGAACCCAACCUGGUAUUGGCGGACAGACUGGAGCUGGACAAACCGGAUACGGAACCCAACCUGGUAUUGGUGGACAGACUGGAUCUGGACAGCCCGGAUACGGAAGCCAAGCUGGUAUUGGCGGACAGCCCGGUGUCGGACAAUCCGCAUAUGGAAACCAACCAGGUGUUGGUUCUCAGCCCGGAGCAGUACAACCCGGAUACGGAAACCAACCUGGUAUUGGUGGACAGACUGGAGCCGGACAACCCGGAUACGGAACCCAACCUGGUAUUGGCGGACAGACUGGAGCCGGACAAACCGGAUAUGGAAGCCAACCAGGAGUUGGCGGACAGACUGGAGCAGUACAACCCGGAUACGGAGCACAACCUGGUGUUGGCGGACAACCGGGAUAUGGAUCUCAACCCGGAAUUGGCGGACAGACCGGAGCCGGACAAGGUGGAUACGGAGGUCAACCCGGAAUCGGUGGGUCACCAGCCUAUGGAGCACAGCCAGGAGGCAGCGGCCAAAAUGCAGUCAUUGGAGGGCAACCCGGACAGACCGGAGGCGGUGUAGGACAACCAGGCUACGGAACCCAGGCAGGUCAAAUUGGGGCGCCAGGUCGGUAUACAGAUGGAAGUGGACCUGGUGCUGUUGGCACUGGUGGAGUUGGUGCUGCCGGUACCGGUGGAGCUGACGAUGCCUUCUCCCAGGCCGAGUCAUCGAUUGGCGACGGACAAGCCUCGGCAAGUGCCCAGGGCAAGAAGAAUGGAGGCACGGCCAAGACUCAGGUGUCGGGAACUUACAGCUCCGGCGGAACGUUUAGCGCCAGUGCAAUGACGUCCGAUGCGGAUCGUGCGGCAAGUGCCCAGGUUACCGGAAAUGCCGAUGGAGCAGUGAGUCAGUCGCAGGGAUCGGGAGGUCCUGCCCAAUCGCAGGCCCAGGUACAGGUGGCCAAGGACGGCGGAACCAAGGCCUCGUCCCAGAGCGGCGGCAUCAUCCAGCAGAGCCAGAGCGAGGUGCACGCCAAUGACAAGGGCGGUCUGGCGGACGCGCAGUCGAGCGGACCCGGGCAAACCUCCUCCCAGGCGCAGAUCGGUUUCCGUCCCGGCCAGGAGGCCAAUCCGGCAGCAGCCAAUGGUGGCGGCCAGGCAUCGUCCUCAUCUGGCACUCACUCUAGUCAGAGUAGCUCGCAAAUUCACGGAACAUCCAGCUUUGGUGUUUCCUACCAUGGUGCUGCACAAUCUGCGUCGGGAACCAAGGAGCAGGUGGCUACUUACAGGGAAGCAAACAGGGAACUCUUCAAUACCAUCAGUCAGUUUGGCAACAACGGGAAUGCUGUUACUGAUCGAGCUGAUGCUGUCUACAGUGGUCCCGCGCUGACUGAUGAGUCCGAUUCAGUGCCAGAGGCUCAACUGAAGUCCACCAAGCCCAAGGAGGAAGCGGAGCAGGAAGUGAGGAAGCCGGAGCAACCGGAGCCCGUUCAGUACGAUGAUGAGGAGGAAACCGAUCCGGAUGAAUACGACGAGGAUGAGUACUACAACGAGAAGCCAGUGAAGCUAGAGGAAACCCCCAAGUCGGCCAGCAUAGUAAAGCCGCCCGAGACAACACCUAAACCCAAGGUCUACGAGCAGUCAUCGCCCACGCAAAGCCAACAGGCAGUCGUAGUGGCGGCGCCAGGUGAAAAAUAUCAGGUGGUGCAAAAGCAGAACGGUAAGGCCACCGUCAAUGCUGAGCCCUCGACCACCGAAGCCAUACCACCAGGAUUCCGAGGAACCGUGAAUGUGGAAAAGAAGUUCCACACCAAGGCCCUGGAGCUGCAUCCUUCCAAGGGAGUGGAGAUCACACCCGAUCACACCAACGACGAGGGUCCGGUGCGGGGUGACAAGCCCAUUCGGCGUACUCCCGAUAGCUAUGUGACCGUCACCAAGUCUGUGACCGGCAGCAUGGACAACACCAAGAACCCACCGCAGGAGAACAAGAACUUCCAGUCCACCUACUACACCAAGUCCUCGACAUGCGGCUACUUCACCUUCUCCUGCAACAUUGUCUACGGCGCCAAUGGAAGGAGCAAGAUCUGCCGGCCCAAGGCGCCCACCAAUGGAAAGUGCUAGGGAAGCAUAAUACGCAUCCCUUCUUACCAACCCCACCCAUAUUAUAGUAGUUCAGUUCCAGAGGGGCUCAAUUUUAGAAUAGCUUAACCAACUGCCAUCUACAAACACCUAUUUGUAUUUCAACGCAGCUUGCUCUUGAACACUUAAGUGUUUUUCGCAAUUAAUAAACAAAGGUUUCACUGCCAUUUCUUGAAUA